AUGAGUCUUUUUGUGACUCCAUCGCCCGUGGUCAAGCGACUCAUUAGUUACAUCAAGGAAGGUUCUGACAAGGAGGAGAAAUGGAAAGAGAAGGCUGUUAAGUCUCUGGUAAAACGGUUGAAAAAGGGGAACCAGUUGGAUGAACUGGAACGAGCCAUUGUCAAUCAGGACAGCUCAACCCGAUGUGUUACAAUCCCUCGUUCUCUCGAUGGUCGUCUUCAAGUUGCACAAAAGAAAGGCCUACCACACGUAUUCUAUUGCCAGCUUUGGCGUUGGCCAGAUCUUCACACGCAGCACGAAUUGCGACCAGUCGAAAAUUGCCAGUACUCAUUUCAAGCCAAGCGGGACGAAGUUUGCAUUAAUCCCUAUCACUAUCGCCGAAUAGAAAAUCCAAAAAAGGUCACAUUGGGUGUGGGCAUGCCCGUGCGAGGCGAGGUGUCGCCUAUACCCCCGCCCCCCCCCCACCACCACUCUGAUGCCUUUGAACUGGGUUAUGUUUCAAAUAGCUCUCUCUUGAAAAGGGCUAUUGGGGAAGUCGCAGUUAUUCCCCCGAUCAUGGUGCCUCGCGCCCCACACCCGGCAUCUCAAGCAGGCAUGAACGGUGCCGACGGUAUGGGCUCCUACGGUCAUCAUCACCAUCAUGCCUACCGCUCUGGCAUGUCCCAACGUCUUGGAGGUGGUGGUGGUGGCGGUGGUGUUCCACGUCACAACAUGAUGGACUUUUCAAGUGGCAGCGCGGGCUACAGGGGUGGCGCUCCGACCCAGGCCACCAUGAUGCCUCCUCCCCCACCGGCGUCCCAGCAACCCUACGGUGACGCACCGAGCUCCUCACAUCACCUAACCAGUCUCACUGCACUACUCAAUUCUUCCACUGCUGCCGGGGGCGCCAGGUUUGAGGAAGAAAUGGACACUUCUGGAACCCUAUUAGGUACCAGCACCAGUGCAGCACCCCCCUGUGUCACUCUUGAUGAGAAUGCUGAUCGCGAGAUCCUCGGUGGAACGCCCCAUGUAGUAUUCUCAACUCCUCUAACCUCGUCUGCCAUGGGUGCCGGGAUGGGGCCACUUUACCGUAUGGCUGGCGACGACACGAGCGCCCGCAGUAGCAGUCCCCACACAGGAUCAAUGCUCAGCUACCUAUCCCAUGGGCUGAAGAGCAGUAUGGCAUUGAAGUCUUCACCACCCUCAAGCCCCACAAAUGGACCCAAGCUUGACGAUAGAGGGGAGGCCUCCAGAAUCGGCACAACAGACGCCUCAGCUAACACUGCGCCCGCAAACAGUGGUGCGGGGGGUGGUGAUGCUGCGGGUUCCGUGAUCAGUUCCUCCGGGGGACUAGAUUCGUGUUCUCCAGGGGGUCUGUCUCGAGAAGAGAAUUGCAUGAGUGAGGACAACGAUACCAUGGAUGCUGGUUUGGAAAACCUAAACGACAUCACGAUAGAUGAAAACGAGCUCACCUCGGUCGCCUAUCAGGAACCAGACUACUGGUGCUCUGUUUAUUACUAUGAAACCAACACCCGAGUUGGUGACACAUUUUACUGCGCCUCGCCGUGUCUCACUGUCGAUGGAUUCACAGAUCCCUCGCGAGAAAAUCGUUUCUGUCUUGGUCUUCUCAGUAAUGUAAAUCGUGGCCAUCAGAUUGAACUAACUCGGAGACACAUUGGCCCUCCUCGUCUGUUAGCAGUUACAAGUAAUGCCAUUCACCUCGAGUGUUCUGAAACCUCACCCGGUCACGGUGUUGCCCUCUAUUACAUUGGUGGCGAGGUGUUUGCGGAGUGUCUGAGUGACAGCGCCAUUUUUGUCCAGUCUCCCAACUGCAACCACAUGUACAACUGGCAUCCAGCAACAGUCUGUAAAAUCCCACCAGGUUGCAAUUUGAAGAUUUUCAACAACCAGCACUUCGCAUCGCUGCUCAAGGAAAGCGUCAACAAUGGCUUCGAGGCGGUCUACGCACUGACCAACAUGUGCACUAUCCGAAUCAGUUUCGUAAAGGGCUGGGGUGCCGAGUAUAGACGUCAAACCGUGACAAGUACGCCGUGCUGGAUUGAACUUCAUUUGAAUGGCCCUCUUCAGUGGUUGGAUCGCGUUCUCAGUCAAAUGGGCUCGCCGAAUCAUCCUUGCACCUCCGUGAGCUAA